AUGGACCCCAACCUUCCCUCGCCGCACAUCACGAUAUCCGCUGGGCCAACUGCGGCGAUGAUGUCGUCCCCCGCGCUGUCUACAGCAGACUCGAUGCGUUCCCCCACGCCGGCAGGGUCGAAGCCUAGCACCCCGGCUUCACCAAUGACCCUCAUAGCGGCUGCUUCCGUCUUUGCGUGCGUUGCCGUACAGGAUCCUCUCCGCAUUCCGUCAUCUCAGACACAAACACGGGCACAAACACCACGUAGGUCGCCCUACGACCAAUGCCUCAUGCUCCCCUCGCGCGACGGUUACUGCACGCCCAUCAUCCUCGAUGAGAUCCUCCCCGCCUACCACACGCGGCAGCAUAUCCUCCAGCUGCAUUCAUCGGCGCACACGAUUCGGCUGCUCGGCUCUCUCCGCUUUGUGGCCUUCGACGAUGCUGCUUGGGACAGUCCCUCCCCAUCAAGGUCUCGGAACGAUCGCAAAUCCCGCCCGGUGUUUAUCGAGGCGAUAUCCUCCGUGACCGCCGGUAAAGCAGAACCCAUCGCGGGCGAUUGGACAGCCAAGGCCGGAGAGGGAGGCACAGGUCGUGAGUAUUCACUAUGUCUUGCUGUCUAA